UCACCAACCGUGAGAUCAUGACCUGAGCUGAAGUUGGACGCUCAACUGACUGAGCCACCCAGGUGCCCCUGAACUAAGAAAUCUUAUUUGAAACUAGGAAACCAAUGCAAAUGUGGUCUGGUCUCAUGAAAAACGCCUACAGUUAAUAAAAUUUUUUGAAUCAUAUAUUACUAUGCAAAAUAAAAGCUCAUAUUCAUGUAUAAGAACUUUCAAGUUCAUGCUAUUUUAUGUAACAAAAUGCUAUCUGGAGUUUAACCACACCCUGGGCACUGUUCCAAGCCCACUUGCUCCUGAUUCUGUGGUGUCAGUAUGAAACUCAUACGAUCUUGAUAAUAAGAGUCUGGACAACUAAAAGGAGGGUAGAGAUAAGCAGACCCAAUUCCCCGAAUUUACGCGAAACAUCUCAGGGUAAAUCUCCUAGCCGUGACAGGACUUUGCAUUUCUUCCUCUCGGAGCACGUGGCCAAUGUCCAAACUAUGACUGUAUCCCCAAGCAGGUAGGCAAGCCUGUGUAAGAGCUUUCCCAGCCACAGUGUGGGGUAAAGAAAACCUACUAGAACUCUUCGUUAGCAACACCUCCUCACCUUGCUCACCCGGUGGCAGUGUGACCUAGUGGUUAGGUGUCUUUAAGGCCCACCUGCUUGGGUUCUGUGUCUUAGCAGCAUGUGACUUGGCCAAGUUGCUUAACUUUUCUGUGCCUCGGUGUCCUUAUCUGUAAAUCAGGAAUAGUAAUAAUAAUAGCACCUGCCUUCUCGGGUGUUGUGACAGUGAAGGAGUUAACAAAUGUUAAGUCACUUAGAACUGUAUCUUGGCAUAGAGCGAGUUCUAGGGAGAGCUCAACUAUUGUUAUGUUAUUACACCGGUCUGCAGUUAAUCCCUGAAUGCUUCUGGGAUGUGGUAGGUUUUAAAAGUGAGUUGAAUUUACUCAUAAUAGAGCAUUUCAGCUGCGUGUAGCUGAAAUCUAAUUUUGCAAUUAACAUUUGUUUUACAUGGAGCCCAAGGGUUGAAGGUUAUGGUCUUCUUUAUCAGGCCCCUUGAGGAGCCUUCUUACUCAUAAUUUAUCUCUAUGUCCCUGAACUCCUUAGAAAAACUUCCCUUUUCCAUCCAAACUGAGAUCCUUAGAGGGACUUACAUGUGAGGAGCCCAGAACCUGGAAUCUGUUUUUGGAUGAGUCUGGACCAUAAGCAGAGCAUUUACAAACCUCCAUAAAGUCUGGCUUACUUCUCAUUGCUUCCCCUCAUUUGCUUUUGGAACUCUCUGCACCAAAGCUCUCCAAACUGGAUGAGCAUGCUUAGCUAAUGUCUGCAAAAUGAAGUGUCAAGGGAUAUUGGGAAAGGCAGACUUAAGGCCUCAAGAUUUCAAGAUCAUUUAGAAUCAACUGAGUAGUCCCAGGGCAACAGAAGCACGUGGGAGACUCAGUCCGUUAGGCCUCUGACUCUUGAUUUCUGCUCACGUCCUGAUCCCAAGCUUCAUGAUCUGGAGCCCCAGAUGGGGCUUUGCGCUGACAUCAUGGAAUCUGCUUGGGAUUCUCUGUCUCUGUCUCUGUCUCUGUCUCUGUCUCUCUCUGCCCCUUCCCUGCUCAAGCACACGUGGUCUCUCUCUCUCUCUCAAAAUAAGUAAAUUAGUUAAAAAUAUUAUUAGGGCAAUAAAAGACAAGCAUUACUUAGCUUGAGAAACUGAUGCCAAACCAAGGGGAGAUGAUAGGAUUACUUCCUCUAAAGGGAUUACUCAAUGUUGUCAUUAUGUUUAAAUAUUUAUGUAACAAGGACAAAAAUUCUUGGUACAUGAUGCACCAGUAUUUUUAAACAAGUCAUGGAUUUUGGCUAAAAAAUCACAUUUCAUCGUGGGUGGAGUGAGGAAUGGUAGGAUGUCUUUGGCUGCCUCCCCCUCAAAAUAAAAGAGAGAGUUCAUGCACCUGAGGACUCUUCAAGGAAGGAGCCAGAAGAGGUGGAAGCUGUUCUUAGCUCAGUCAUUGACUUGGAGUCCCUUACCUUCUGUCCUUCACUUUGGUUGAGACAGUGAAACCGCUUUCCAGCUAUAAAUUUCAGGGGCCACCGUCUACCUCCUAGGAGAGACCUUUACCAUCACAUGUCACGGAUUCGCCUUGAAUAAUCUCAACAGUUAGUUACCAACACUUGCUCUGGAUUGAAGAACUGACAAUGCAACUUUGGGUCUUGGCACUUUCAACAAUUCUGGUACAUUCCACAGCAGCCAAGUUUAGCAAAUCAUCCUGGGGCCUGGAAAAUGAGGCUUUAAUCGUGAGAUGUCCUAGGCAAGGACGAUCUCGAUACCCUGUGGAUUGGUAUUACUCAAAAACCAACAAAUGUAUCACUACCCAGAAAAGAAAUCAUGUACUUGCCUCAGGGGAACGUCUUAAGUUUCUCCCGGCCAAAGUCAACGAUUCUGGAAUUUAUACUUGCAUUAUCAGAAGCCCUACCUUCAAUAAGACUGGCUAUGUGAACGUCACCAUAUAUAAAAAACAGCCAAAUUGCAAUAUUCCAGAUCAUCUGAUGUAUUCAACAACACUUGGAUCAGAAACAAAUUCCAAAAUAUAUUGUCCUACGAUUGACUUGUACAAUUGGACGGCACCUAUUGAGUGGUUUAAGGAUUGUAAAGCUCUUCAAGGACCAAGGUAUCACACACACAAGACAUUUUUGCUGAUUGACGGUGCAACUAGCAAGGACACAGGUGAUUAUACAUGUAAAUUUAUACACAAUGAAAAUGGAGUCAAUUAUAGUGUGACAGCGACCAGAUCACUCACAGUGAACGAUGAGGAAGGCUUUUCUUUGUUUCCAGUAAUUAUAGCCCCUCUACAAAAUGAAAUAAAAGAAGUGGAAAUUGGAAAACCAGCAAGCAUACCCUGCUCCGCUUGCUUUGGGAAAGGCUCUCAGAUCAUGGCCGGCAUCCUGUGGAAGGUGAAUGGAAGCAAAGUUCAGAACUUUGGAGGACCAAGAAUUCACGAGGACCUGGAGCAAAAUCAAAGUUCCAGCAAUGAGUUGACUUGCCUGAGCACCGUUUUAAAGAUAGAGCCUGUGAGAGAAGAAGACUUAUCUGUGGAGUAUGACUGCCUGGCUCUGAAUUUGCACGGUUGGACACGGCACACCAUAAGACUAAAGCGGAGAAGUCCAAUUGACGAUCAAAGUACCUACUACAUACUGACAGGAUUUAGCAUCUUGUUAAUGCUAAUCAAUAUCAUGGUGAUAACGCUAAAAGUGUUCUGGAUUGAGUUUAUUCUGCUCUGGAGAGACAUAGCUAGACCUUACAAAAGUAGGAAUGAUGGAAAGAUCUACGAUGCUUACGUUAUCUAUCCGCGGAACUAUACAAAUAGUCCUGAGAGGGCCAGUGCUGUAGAGUAUUUUGUUUACCAGAUUCUGCCUGAUGUUCUGGAAAAUAAAUGUGGUUAUAACUUAUGCAUUUACGGGAGAGAUAUGCUACCUGGAGAAGAUGCAGCCACCUCAGUGGAAACCAACAUACGAAAGAGUAGGCGGCACAUUUUUAUCCUGACUCCUGAAAUCACUCACUGCAGGGAGUUUGCCUAUGAGCAGGAGAUCGCCUUGCACAGUGCCCUCAUCCAGAACGACUCCAAGGUGAUUCUUAUAGAAUUAGAGGCUCUGAGCAAGCCAGGAGGGAUGCAGUUUGGGGAGCUCCAAGAUUCCCUCAAGCACGUCGUGGAAAUGCAAGGUACCAUCAAGUGGAAGGAAGAUGAUGUGGCCAACAAACGGUCCCUGAAUUCCAAGUUCUGGAAGCAAGUGAGGUACCACAUGCCUGUGCCAAACAAACCCUCAAGGAAGACAUCCACUUGGGCUUCCCUGAGUACUCAGGGGCAGUAGCGCUUGCUUUGAUGUGCUGGUGCACCAGAUUUCCUAGAUCUGCAUUCCUUCUGGCAGGAUUACGCCCCUGGGCCAGACACUGGAGGAAAGGCAUGAGAAAUGGGGACAUGUCAAGGGUGUUCAGGUCUCAGGUUUCAUCUAGCAACUUUACUUCCAUUUUCCUGAUUCUGGGUGGACGCAAAAUGCCCCGAAAUUUUUAUCCUCGCUCCCCCUCUCUUCACCCCACAUUUCCUUCCCUUUCUCCUUUUGCUGGUCUUUCUCCAUAAGACCUAGGAUCUUUUCACUAUUCUUUUUUCCAUCUUUCUCUCUCUUUCUUGUUCUCCUGCCCUUUUUUCCUUGUCAAUAUUCUACAUUUUGAACAAACAAAAAGCAUUAGAGCGAAAUUUUCAUGUAACCAUGAAGAACACUCCGAUUCCCACAAGCAGAAUAUUAGCAGCAAAUCUUGUUUCCAACCUACCAAAAAUUAUUAUAUUUUAUUUUAAUGAGUGCUAAGUUUUAUCAUCUCAAUAUUGUGGAUACCAUUGGGGUCCCUUACCCAACUGCCAUUACAAUCAGUAUUUGAAGUUCUAAAGUCGCUUUGAUAUAUUUUUAUUCUCCUUAGAAAUAUUUUUUUCUCACUCUAAACGUUACAGAAGAACAGAAAAGAUCAAAGAAGAAAAGAGUGAGUAUUAUCCACAAAUCCAUCAUCCUAAGAUAAUGACUUUUAAACAUUUGGGUAAAUUUGUAUUUAAAAAACUUUUAACUUGAACUUAAAUGUUCUGUUAAUAUAGCUGAGCUCGCACAGUGUGUAGGGUUUAUACAUUUUUUCUACUUAACAUCAUAAUAAAAAUACUUGACAUGUCACUUAAAUGUUAACAUUUUAACUAUUCAUAAAGUUCUAUUUCACUGUUGUGCCACCGCUGACAUGCCUAAUUAGUUAUUGUUGUAUAUUUGAGUUGUGUUGAGUUUAAAUAGCCAUCAUUAUAAGUAGUUUUGCAAUGACCAUACCAGCAUAUUUUAUAUUCCCCAGUUACAAUUUUUGAACUUAAAACAAUGUUUGUUUAUUUAUUUUGAGAGAGAGAGAGAAAGAGAAAGAGAGUGGGGGGAGCAGUAGAGAGAGAGAGGGAGACAAAGAAUCCCAAGCAGGCUCCA